ACCAACCAACCCCCCCGCCCUUCCCCCAAUUCGUGCACUCCCUGAGACCUCUGAAGCAAAGCAAAGGUGCAAAACCGUGGCCCUUCAUUGCCGCCGCUGUCCCCAUGUCCUCAGCGCCGCCGCUUCUUCCUAUUCCCCGUUUUGAAGAACCCAGGUAGCUCGACACGUCGUCUUCAUCUUCGUUGGCUUCUCUGUUCGUGGCUUGGAGUAGCUCGCCGUCGGGUCGCCGGUUGCCGUCCGUCGAAGAACCUUGCCAAAAACCCAUUCCCCCUCUCUCUCAGCCAGCAGCAGCAGCAGCCAGCGCCCACGAUUCCACCAAAACGUCACUGUUUUGAACUCAUCAAUGGUGAAGGGGCUCCACGGCCAGAACCUCCCUGCUGAUGUGACACAGGUCGUUGAUCAGCUGGAGCGCCAUUGCUUGGCUCCUGAUGGAUCUCUCAUCUCCAAGCCUCUCUACAACGAUCUCCAACUCGGUUUACUGAUAUGUGGUUCUGAUACCGUGUGUUGGUUACACUUUCAGGCAAUAUAUUCUGAGGCCAUUGCUGUGGUGGAAGAGUAUCAGCAAGCCAUUUCAAUGUCUAGCCUUGGUGGACUUCGAGAUACUGGCGGUCUUUAUCCUCAGCUUGGGUUAAGGAACUCCCCUCAGGUUUAUGAGACUUUGGAGCAUCAAUUGGUUGUGGCUGAAGCAGCCCAAAGGUUGAGACUACCUCUUAUCUCCAAGGAUGGAGAAGUCCAUACUGAGGAUAUUGAAAAAUUGAGUGUAAUGUCUCGAAGCUCCCUUGACAGUACCAACACCAGCACCACGAACAACUCAAGCACAACUUCGAUUAAUUAUGCUACUCCAAAUAGUUCAGUUACUGGGAUUAAUUCUUCCCUUGCUGCUAUGGAUUCAGGGGAAGCUGCAGUUGGUGGUGUACCUAAUCGUUUUCUUGGUAUUACACCUGCUUAUUUACGGCAAACUCAACAUCAACAAACAACAUUAUCUGUGGAUAUGACAGAAUAUCACAUGUCACUCUCACGUGAGAUAGAGGCCCACUUGAAACUGAAAUGUGAUAAAUUGUCCAAUGCCUUUGUUUUGGAUGACAAUGAUUCUUCAUCAUCAGGAAUUCAAAGUUCAAGUUCUCGGCUUCCAGAAAGGGUCAAACUGUUGAUUGAGGAGAUUGAAAGAGAAGAAGCUGCACUGCGAGAUGAUCUAUAUUCUGCAGAUAGGAAAUUUGCUGAAUAUUAUAAUGUCUUAGAGCAGAUACUUGGAGUGCUUAUCAAACUUGUUAAGGAUUUGAAGUUGGAUCAUCAGCAUAAACAUGAUGAGCUGCAGAAGACGUGGCUCUGUAAAAGAUGUGAGACCAUGAGUGCAAAAUUGAGGGUUCUGGAACAUAUUCUCCUGCUUGAAACUUAUACAAAGGACUCUAUACCUGCGCUUCAUAAGAUAAGGAAAUAUCUUGUUGAGGCAACUGAAGAAGCGUCGAUUGCGUAUAAUAAAGUAGUAACUCGCUUGCGUGAAUACCAAGGUGUUGAUCCUCACUUUGACAACAUUGCAAGGCAGUAUCAUAGUGUUGUGCAGAAAUUGGAGAAUAUGCAAUGGACAAUCCACCAAGUUGAAAUGGAUCUGAAACGUUUACCAGAUAACACCACCAGUUAGGAGUUUUUAUUCAUUUGGCCUCUUAACAGUGGUUGGUUUGAUUUCUGUAAAUGGUAAAAAGUGUAUAUUCUUUGGUUAUGACUCUGCAGUGAUUGUUACUUGUCACCGAUGAUUUAGAAUGAUGUCUUACAUCUUCUAAAGAUUUUGUGCAAUUUUCAACUUGUGUGCUUUAAACAUUUCCCAGGAAUGACUCUCAAUUUUUGUAGAAAGGGGAAACACAACUUUUGUACUUUAAUGACAAUGAUGUUUUUACCGUUA